AUGGCGCCCACGGUAGCUGUGAUUGGUCUCGGGGCCGUUGGGCUUGUUACGCUCAAGAACCUGCUGGAAGAGGGCUUCGAUGCGACUGGACUGGAACGUAACGACUACCUAGGCGGUCUAUGGCGCUUCACGGAGAAGCCAACUAUCAGCGUGCUGAAGUCUACUUGCUCCAAUGGAUCCAAGCAGAGAGGCUGCUUCACCGAUUUCCCGUAUCCAAGUGAUGCACCGGAUUUUGUCCCGGCAGAACAGGUACAUGAAUACCUACUGGCCUAUGCAAGACAUUUCCAUCUCGAAAAGCACGCCCGUCUCAAGACGAGUGUAAGCAGCGCUGCCUGGGAUGAGAAGCGACGAAAGUGGCGGCUGCUAGUGACAAAGCCGGAAAGCACUGGCCCCGUGGAAGAAUUCUUCGACAAGGUCGUCUUUGCUAUGGGUAGCGACCAGCAGCCCAUAAUGCCCGAGAUACCCGGCAUCGAGAAGUUUGCGGGAUUCACAUCCCACUCAGUCUCGUUCAAGGAUCCGAAUCUCCUUGCCGGGAAGCGGGUCAUGAUCCUUGGGUUCGGCAACACUGCAGCUGAUAUGGCCACCGAAGUGAGCAAGUGUGCCAGCAAGGUCUACUUAGCCCACCGUAACGGAGCUAUCAUUCUGCCCAGAUGGGUCAACGAGCAGCCCGUGGACCACGUCAGGACGUACCGGAAAUACUGCAUUCUGCAGUUGAUGUCCCGCUACACGCCGUCGCUCUGGACGUCAACCAUGAACAGCGUCAUCAAGAAACUCCAGCAUCAGGUCUUCGACAUGAACCCCGAGUGGCGGUUCGAACCGGCGCCAUCCAUCAUCAACCAGCGGCCGCUCGUUUCGGAUGACCUGGUGGACAAACUCGCUGCAGGCACCAUAGUUUCCACCUAUGGCCUCGAGCGCGUGCUUGACGCAUCAACAGUCGAGACUUCCGAUGGAAAGCAGUACGAGGUUGACGCCAUCAUCUUCUGCACGGGUUUUUCUGUCGACUUCUCCGUCGUGGGCGACGCAGACCCAACUCGCGCAACGACCAAGGCGUGGGAGGAGACCUCCGGCUCGAAUGGCCGCGCCUUGCCCCGUCUUUAUCAGAACAUCUUCUCGCUGGACCACCCAGACUCGCUAGCAUUCAUGGGCUACCUGUCAUUCAUGAACCCGGCCUUCUUCAUGUUCGAUCUGGCGUCGAUGGCAGUCGCGCAGCUCUGGAAGGGCAACUCGGCGUUCCCGCCGCAGGCAGAGAUGGAGCGCCAGGUCGACCAACACCACGCGUGGGUGUGCAGCCUCGCGGCGACCGGCUCGGUGAUGCCCGCCAUCGUGAAGGCCUCGGACUGGAUGGACUGGGUCAGCGACGUGGCCGGUACCAACCUCGAAACCUACCUGGGCUAUGGCUUUGCUGGCUGGUCUUUCUGGUUCUCGGACCGCCGCUUCUGCAGCUGGCUCAUGGACGGGCUCCUUAGCCCCCAUAUGUACAGGCUCUUUCCGGGAAAGAGGAAGUCCUGGGCCGGCGCUAGGGAUGCCAUCAUCGCCAUGAAUGAAGAUCGUACAGCGCGGUUCGGUCCGAUGGCAUGA